AUGACCGGACGGAUCUAUUUGAGAGCGAUUGUGCCCAUUGGAUUCUUUUUUAGCUUAAGCUUAAUUUGUGGAAACAAGGCAUAUCUUUAUCUCAGUGUUUCCUUUAUUCAAAUGUUGAAGGCGACCACUCCAGUAGCUGUGCUUCUCGCGGGGUGGGGACUGGGGAUUGAUUCGCCCAAUCUCAAGGUUCUGGGCAAUGUUUCUUUCAUCGUCAUUGGUGUCGUGAUUGCCUCGUAUGGGGAAAUUGCGUUCAACCUUAUUGGCUUCCUCUACCAAAUCAUCGGUAUCGUUUUCGAGGCUAUUCGUCUCGUCAUGGUUCAAAGACUUCUAUCUUCGGCAGAAUUCAAGAUGGACCCCUUGGUAUCAUUGUAUUAUUUCGCUCCGGUCUGUGCAGGCAUGAACUUCGUCAUGUUUCUCAUUUUCGAAGGGUCAAAAUUGGGAUUAUCCGACAUUGCCCGUGUGGGCAUCUUCACUCUAUUGGCAAACGCCAUGGUGGCUUUUGGUUUGAAUGUUUCUGUCGUGUUUUUGAUUGGGAAAACAUCGUCAUUGGUUCUUACAUUAUGCGGUGUACUUAAGGAUAUUCUCCUUGUUGUUGCCUCUGUCGUUAUUUGGGCAGAUCCACUUAGCGGUCUCCAGAUGUUCGGUUACAGCAUAGCAUUGGGUGGUCUUGUGUACUACAAGCUUGGAUCAGAUAAGCUCCGGGAGACCUAUGUCAAGCUUCGUAACGAUGGCACGGUGGCAUGGCGAAACUUUGGGGAUACCUACCCAGCAUUGCGGAAAGCUACUCUUAUUGGCGCAACCGUCAUCUUCUUAUUAUUAGGCUUGGGAUCUUUGUAUGGAGGCGGCAGCGCUGGGCCCGCAUACACGGGAGUCCGGUUAUCUGAUUCAUCGGCAGUCCUUCCAGGCAUUCUCCCAGGUAGCACUCCGGAUGAAAGUUACAAGCCCAAGCGAAAGCUUGACAUUGUCGUCAGCAUAAAUUCCGAGGAGCCAGCAAUGGUCGGCUGGAGUCUAAAAGAAAUCAGGGCUAUCAAAGCUUUUUCUGGGCUUGACCCGAAUGUUGUUGUCUACUUUAGAAAUCCAAAGUUGGAUCAAUUAUCUGUCAAGAAAAAUACCGAGGCAGCUUCAGUAAAGGGAUUAGGAAGCAUUGGAGGAGAUGACGACACCUAUCUUUCACACAUCGUGGAGCAAUGGGACGACCUUGCGGAACACACAUUAUUUCUCAACGGUGCAUUCAAAGAUCUUCCAAAGGUUAAAAGCCGUAUCGAGGAUUUCUUUAAGCCCAGCACUGGUGUGCUUUCCCUGGGUGCCGGAUACGGGAGUUGCUCUUGUGAAUCAUGCAAGGACCCUUGGGGUAAUGAUGAUCUGAGCCGUGUCCCUGGUAUCUUCUCUGCUGUCUAUUCAGAGCUCUGUCCUCCUUCCAAUGUGCUCUUGUCAUCUUCCGGUCAAUUCCUUGUCUCUGCUAAGCGCAUCAGAGGAACACCAAAGCAUACUUACGAACACCUGAAAACCCUAUUGGAAAGCGACAAGAAACACUGGAUCCACAAAGAGGCAAAGAGCAUCGAUGAACCUGAUCACCCUUCCUUCGGGCGUGUCAUGGAAAAGAGCUGGAUGAUUGCAUUCAAGUGUGUCGACCCCAGGUUGGCGCAAAGCUGCCCAACUCUUGGCGAUAGAAGAAGGGAGACAGACCCAGAUGAGAGGUGCCAGUGCAUCGAUUAA